AGUGUGAUGGAAAAUAUAGACAGAAGUUAUGCGUCAUCCCCUUGUUCCUCCUUCACGCCACCAAUGAAAACGCUAGGUACCCCCGUGCAGCCUUCAAGUGCUCAAAGGAUUUCUACAAUGAGACCUCUUGCCACGGCCUAUAAAGCUUCAACUAGUGACUAUCAGGUGGUUUCUGACAGACAGACUCCUAGGAAAGAUGAAAGCAUCGUGUCCAAAGCUAUGGAGUACAUGUUUGGCUGGUAGUAAGAAACACUAGAGUCCACUUUGCUGGAGGAUGUAACAGGACUACUGGUUGGCUGUAUAACUGUUCAUGGCAGCAUUUCAGAUGUCCUGCCUUUGAAAAAGGAACUUGGCACACAUGUGUUUUGCACUUUAA